AUGAGAAAGGGCGAGUAUCCACCAUAUCCCCAUCCAUUUGCAAAGAACUUUCCAGACAAAUAUAUGGUCGAGUCGGAGUAUUUCCAACAACAACUUGAGCAAUUCAGACGUGAGAAUGAGCGCUUUAGAAGAAUGCAAGAGGAGAGAUGGCUUUUGGAAGGGAAUAUGCCGUACUUGGACAUCUUUCCAAAAUGCAGAGGAUAUCAACUCCCCUCUUUAUUCGACACACAACGAGGAGACAGCGGAAAGACACUUCCAAGUAUCAACGAUCGCUUUGGAAACCAACCUCAACAAGGUCAACCCAAUCCAAGAGUCGAGAAAGUUGAGCGGAAGGACGAGAAGAAGGAGAUUGUAUGUUCUCCAAAUACAACAGUCACUGCGUUGAAAGAGGAAGACGGCAAGAACGACGACACGGAGACGGAGAUUGCAAGCGAGACGGAGGAAGUCACACAACAAAAACCCGCACAGGCGGUCCCCCCACAAACAAAGAAAAGAGGUCGCAAGAAAGUUGAGAAAAAGCAAAAAGUUGAAGAAGAGAAGGAAAUUGUUGUUGAGCCGCCUCUUGAAAAGAGAAAAAAACGGUCAACGGGGAAACGUGUGAUGAAGAGAAAAAAAGACCCGACGGUGCCGGACCCAAUUAAACCAGAAAAGGUCGAGAAACAAGAAAAAAAUGAGGCCGAGCCUGAAAAGAAAAAGCGCCGCAAAAAAAUCGACAAGAAAAGUGUUACCGGAGUGGAAGAUGGACUUUCACAGACUACAAAGGACGAUGUCUUGUUGACUCAACUUAAACCGGAAGCGAAAAAAGAAAGUGGGGGAAAGGUGCGGGCGACAACGAAAAAAGAGGAGAAAGUCGUGAAGAGAAAACGUAGUAAAACUGCUGUAAAAAAACGAAAGACGGGGAAGGGAAGCUUAGAGGGGGAUGGGUCUGCUGUAGUGGAUGAGAAGUAG